ACUAAUUCAAAAUUUAAUCCUUGCCCCGUUUCAAAAAAAAUCAAAAAUCAAAGCCCUCUCCCGGCUUGUACCUCUUUUUAUUUUCACAAUAUUAUCGAAUUUUCUUCCAUUUUUUGAAUUUUUUUCUCUUCUCGAUCUAUCCACAUACGGUUUGAGAGGGAAGAGAUAUAUAUAGACUAUCAGAUAGGACGAAAUGGCGCAUAGAGUAGAUCACGAGUACGAUUACCUUUUCAAGGUCGUGUUGAUCGGCGAUUCUGGAGUUGGAAAAUCGAAUAUUCUCUCUAGGUUCACGAGAAAUGAGUUUUGUUUGGAAUCUAAAUCCACUAUCGGCGUCGAGUUCGCUACGAGAACUGUCCAGGUGGAGGGAAAGACUGUCAAAGCACAGAUAUGGGAUACGGCUGGUCAAGAGAGGUAUCGAGCUAUCACUAGUGCUUACUACAGAGGGGCUGUUGGUGCACUUCUUGUCUAUGACAUAACCAAGAGGCAAACCUUUGAUAAUGUCCAGAGGUGGCUACGUGAAUUAAGGGACCAUGCGGAUUCCAACAUCGUCCUUAUGAUGGCUGGUAACAAGUCCGACUUGAACCAUCUUAGAUCCGUUUCCGAAGAAGACGGUCAUGCUCUGGCUGAGAAGGAAGGGCUUUCUUUCCUCGAAACAUCGGCAUUGGAAGCCACCAACAUUGAGAAAGCAUUCCAAACCAUAUUGAACGAGAUCUAUCAUAUUGUAAGCAAAAAGGCAUUGGCGGCACAGGAAGCCGCUGCUAGUGCCUCGAUUCCUGGUCAAGGAACCACUAUUAACGUGGGUGAUGAAUCGGGGAACACUAAGACAGCAUGCUGUUCUACUUAAAAAAAGGUAAUUGGUUAUAUCAUUUCUUGUACUUAAUUUUUACUUGAUUGUGAUAUUUUAAACAAAACCAUGUUGUUAGUAGCUUGGAAAGGUCUGCAUUUUUUUUUUUUGGUUAUUUUUUUAAAUUGACAUGUUUUCUUCAAAAGUGGAAGAUUGAAAGUUGCGUUUGGAAGUUGCUUUUAGGAAAAAAAAGAAAGGUUUAAUUUGUUUUAUUUGAUCAGUCACUAAAUUUAAUAAAAGUGUGCCUACUUUUAGUCGUGGUUAGGAGAA